UAUACAUAUUACUUUUAGAUUUACUGUGUUUCUGAUGGUUACUGGUGUUUACAUAUGAAUCAUGCUUUUAUUAUAUUUCAUUGCUGUUUCCAAAUAAACGAAGGACCACAAUUCUAAAUAGUUAGAAUCAAAUCUUAACUUGAUUAAUUUUAAUUAACUAUUACAUGGUUUUGAGUGCCUGCUGGUUGUUGUCGCUUAAUCGGGACAAAUAACCAACAAGAUUCACUGAUAAAUAAAAAGGUUAACUUUAAAAGUUUAACAUGAUACAAUCAGUUAAAUACACUCCUUCCUGUGUGAUAAAUUUCACGUUUCGGAACUCUGUAAGACUGCGACAUAAAUUAAAUAAAGCUAAAGACGAAAAACCACCUCCGAAAGUUGCCCAAGAUGUUAUGAACUACAUUGAAAAUACACCUGAUUAUGCUAGUAUUAAAAAUCAGAUACCGAAGUUUCUUUUAAGGAAAUACAAAGCUCCUGAGAGUAUGUACCUUAUAAAUGAAGGUACUGCCAAAGAAAUUGUCCAUGCUGUAAAGAAAAACCUUAUAAUACACUCUCCAAUAGUUGAAGUUAAUCCAGGAUUGGGAAUUUUGAGUAAGGAAUUACUACAGUGUCAAAAAAGUCAUCUUUACAUGUAUGAAAUGUCUAGUCAUUUUUCUCAAUAUCUAAAAGAGUUACAAUCAAAUUAUCCUGGACGAGUGAAAUUUAAAAUAGCAGACUUUUUUGGGAUGUGGAAGCUUGCAUUUCAAGAUAAGAUGGACCAAGGGAACAGAAUUCAAGAGUUAUUGGGCGACUUGACAACUGAUGAUCCUGAUAGAGUGGUUACAAUAGUAGGAUCAAUGCCUGGCCUGUCUUUUGUGAAACAUUUAAUAAACACCAUAGUGUUUCACAACACUACUAGCCAUCUAGGCAGACCAGAUCUGUUCAUCACUAUGCCUGGACAUCACUAUGAAUUCCUCACGGACAAUGAGAUACAGAAUAGAAAACAUAUGGCAGUACCAACUCUGUUUCAGCUUCUAUUUGAUUUCAAAGUACUUGCAAAUGUACCAAAAGUGCAUUUCUUACCAUGGACACAUCCCACAACCAACAAGAGGGUGACGCUGAUGGAUGAACAUCGCUUGUACUUGGUGAAUAUUUCCCAAAAACAAGAGCUGCCAGUUCCACCUGAGUAUUUGCCCCUGCUAUGGUAUUUCUUCAAGCCUCACAUGUUUUCCAAGUCCACAAGGGUGAUUCCAAUGUUAGAACAAUGGAUACCUGGUUGCGGUGUGUGGCUGAUCACGGGGCAGGACCCGCCGGACUCGGACCGGCGGCUGGCGCCGGGCGCCGGCGACGCGCCGCUGCCGCACAUGACGAUAUUCACCGAGUUUGGGGACCUCAACCUAAAGCAGAAGAUUACCGUGUUUAAAAAAUUAAUAUCAUGGCCGGAAUUCGAGCAAUGUCCAUUCCGGGUAUCCAUGGAGAACAAUCUACCAAAGUUCGUGACCGCAGUUGAAGACGACGAGAAAACUAGUAUAGGCUCGCCUAUAGACGACAUUGAAAGUUCCGAUACCGAAAACGAGACCUGAUUGAAUUUAAGCUAGUUGUACCUAACAUGCCUGUAAUCUUGUUAUAAUUAUUAUAGUCUAGUCGACCAAAAAUGACGCUUUCCACGAGGAAUUUCGUACAUCGACCCGACCCGCCUGUUCCUAUCUUUAUCGCACACGGGUAAUAAUUUUGCCGUCCCGCCCAUGAUGCCGGAUGUCAAUGACACUUCGCGAGCGGGAUAGCUAUAUAAUUAUGUGCGAUAGAGAGAGAUAGAAACAGGCAGGUCAAUGUACGAAACUCAAUUUUCACUAUUUUGGGUUUAAGGGGCUAUCCGAAAUUUUCAUCGUUUCAUUUCAAGUUUUGAAUCGUAUCUCCUACUUUUGCACUAGAUAUAGAAUAAUAAGACAAACGGCUAUCAGUUCUUCAAUCUUUUAUCUCCAUUCUUGUCUACCGGGUUUUGAAAGAAAUGAAUACUUGUUUGAUUUUUUUAAACAUUGUCUGAAAAAACACUUAUUUCGUAUCUCAAUUGCUGUGAAAGAUCUUACAUGUACGAAAUCAACAUAUUUGGGUUCGUCUUAGACGUCUCUAAAAAUGUGUCUAAGGUUUUAAUUUUAAACUAAUUAACACAAAAGUUAUGGCCAGAAAACCAGUUUUUUGGCCUAAAAUUAUCAACUUUUAUGCCAAAUAUCUCAAAAUAAUGAACUUUGAAGUAAAUAUGGGAUACUAUAUUGCUAAAAGCCGUUGCUCUUAUUAUGAUAAGCUACAAAAAACAUCAGAAAACUACGGAAUUCAGAUCGAAGGUCAUUGGGGCAUGGGAUCCCCUUAACAGUUUUCAGUCGUGUUUUUGAUUGUAGUAAAGGUGUUAAGUAUAAAACAAAGUCGUGCCCCCGAGUUUAACAACUGAACUAGAUGGCGCUAUAUGUUUACCGCAAAAUUUACGAACCGUACAGCGCCAUCUACAUUAUCUGUCAAAAUCGAAGCACGAAAUUGUCUAAUACCAUCGCUCGAAAAGAUGGCGCCAUACCUUUGGCCCAUACUCGUGUAGAUGGCGACACCUUUGAUGUUUAACACAUAUCAGUUAAAGAACAAGGAUCAAAGUUAAAUGGCGUUCUAAAAGAUUUAAUCCUGUGUCGAAAGAUGGCAGUAAAUUUACUGACUACAAAAUUUACUUUGACAAUACGCCUCUAUUCUAAAUUCUCUUUGCUAAUAGACUUAACUCAACUUAUACAUUCAAUUAAUGUUUGGUUGCCACCACAGGUUCUUAACUACGAACUAUAAUUGUAACUUGCAGAUUUAAAAAAUGGAGCCCAUUGGUCACCCCUAUGUCCUAGGCAAUAGAGUUCAUUGUCUAUUAUUUAGUUAUUGACGGUCGCCACAAAAUAUUCAGUUAUUCACAGGAUUUGAUUUGUCGAGGUAAAUAAAAAUAUAAGUAAGUUCCACUUUUUUAAAUGUGUAUAAAUCUAAUACUAUUUUAUACGUGCCUAAUUAUUUUCAAAUAAAUAAAACACCAAAAAGGAUAUAA